AUGGGGGAUCAAGACCCUAGAUGGGAUUUUUUCCAAGACUUUACGUUACGAACACUCAAUCUCAAAGCCGACAAGUGGGGCAAGCUCGUCGGCAAUGACGAUCAAAAGCAGUUAAUCCUCGAUUUCCUCGAGAAGAAGGACAAACUCUGGCUCAUUAUUACCGCUCAGGGAUCUGGUGCGCUCACUGCUUCCGAAAUCCCCCCUGAGAGCUCAAAGACCAAGGGCGUCUUCUUCUUCAAGCGCGAGGAAAAAACCAUUCCAAAAGAUAAAAUCGCCGAAUUGGUCUCCUUUGGUGACCUCUCCCAAAUUCCACUUGACCAUCUUUCCUCGUUCGUUGACGAUGUCGUCGAUGGCAUCCUCUCAUACAAUGACAACUUCGCUACAUGGCCCUCUGUCGUCUCCAGUGACGUCCAAGCUCAUGUUCACAAGCUCAAAUCUGAGGUUUAUGAAAUCAGCGGCAGUGUCAAAGGACGAACUCUGCUUCCAAUGCCAGCUGGAGUUGAAAAUGUAAGCAGCGACGGCGAUCUCUCGCACGUUCUCCACAAAAUCGAAGGAAUCAUCAUCAAAUGGACUCAUCAAGUAAAGAGCGUUUUGGAGCUCAAAUCGGGACAGGCACUUAUCGACGGAAAAAAUCCAGGUCCCCAAGAAGAAUUGAAAUUCUGGGCUGAUCUUUCAUCAAAUCUCAACUGUAUUUACGAGCAACUCGUCUCCUCCAAAGUCAAGAAAAUGGGUCGCAUCCUCAAGGAAAAAGACUCAUCGUACUUCCAGUCGCUCAUCGCUAUGUACGACGAUGUGCGCAUUCACCUCGAAGAAGCUCGCGACAUUUCCAUGCAUUUGAAGCCACUCAACUCCUUGUUGGACGAUAUCGAACAAACUGACAUGUCAGAAGUCGAAAGAAAACUCUCUGCGCUGUACCAUCUUAUCGCCCUGAUCUGGCGAUCAUGCGACUACUACAGAACACCCGCGCGAGUUGUCGUCCUCCUGCAAGAAGUCUGUAACUUCAUCAUCGAAAUCACGAAGACCUUCCUCGACCCUGAAAACAUCUUGAAAGGAGAGCUUGACGAAUCCUUCGAACAAGUCAAAAUCGCACAGAAAGUCCUCACCGACUUCAAGCGGCUGUACUUUGAAUAUCGCGAAAAAUUGCCCACCUACUUCACUGAUGGCGCCGAGCCUGUUCUUUGGGACUUCCGACCCGUCCUUGUCUUCCACCGAUUUGACCGCUUCGCUAAGCGUGUCGACCUUCUUGCUGAGUUCUUCCAAUCCUCACUGAUGCUGAUGAAUUUGGAGAAGGAACUUCACAAAAAAAUGUCAGAAACCACUUUUGACCCUCUUGACCCAGAUGAUAAUCAAUUCGGAGGUCUUUACGCAAUGUUCAAAGACAAACUUUACGAUAUGGACCGACGACUUGCAUCGAUUCUUUGCCAGGCCUUCGACGACUGCGCUAGUGUCGACCAGAUGUUCAAGCUUCUUGCCAUCGCUGGCAACUUGAUCGAACGACCAGUUAUCGCCGAAGACUUCAAUCCUAAGUACAAGAUUCUUCUUGAAACUUUCGAUGAAGAACUCAACACUUGCAAAGAAAUUUACGACUGCUGCUAUGAAGACCCACCUCUUCAUAAGAAUCAACCUCCAACCGCUGGCAAACUCAAGUGGGCAAAUGAGCUUCUUCGACGAAUUCAAGAGCCAAGAGAUCGAUUCAAUUUGGUUGACACUCCUCUCGUCCGAACUGAAGACGCUCAGAUCAUUUUCAAAAAAUUCGAGCAGAUGGUUGACCUCAUCAAAGAAUUCAAAAAGGAAACGUACGCAAAAUGGAUCGCUACCGUCGACGACGAUUGUCAGUUCAAUUUGUCGAAGCCUCUUCUCGAGCGUGAUGCUGAAACGAAUCUCAUCUCAGUCAAUUUCAACCCCAAGUUGGAAGCUGUUCUCCGCGAAGUCCGCUACUUGAACUUCAUGGGCGAGGAGACCAUUCCUGACUCCGCAGCCAAGCUUUACGAAAAGCACGACAUCUUCCGACAGUGGAUGUCUUCUCUUCGACAGACAGUCCACUGGUACAACAAAGUUCGAAAGACUGUCUUGGAAGUGGAAUUCCCUCUUAUCUCAUCGCAACUGGACGAGAUUGAUCAAAAACUCAACCAGGGUGAAACCACUCUCGACUGGUCAGGCGACGUCUACGCUUACAUCACUGAAAUCUACAACGCCGUUUCCGAUCUUGAAAUUCGAGUUCAAAAGGCCAAGGAUAAUGUCAUCAAGAUCCAAGACAUCAUGGAUGUUUGGGCUCAAAGUCCUAUCUUCGAAAGAAAACACGAUUCGAAAGAACCUGGCCUUCUCAACCUCGGCGAUCGAGCUGAUCGACUCAAGAAACGUUACGACGCUAUUACAGCUGAUGGUCAGAUGAUCCACAGUCUCAUCACUGAAAAUGUUGGUUUCUUCAAAGCUUCUGAAGAUUCCGACGAAUGGAAAGCGUACAAAGAAUACAUUGAUGAGAUGGUCAUCGAUGGUUUCUUCAACGGCAUUAUCACUUCUCUUGAAUUCAUGCAAGAAAACAUGUGCAAGGAGGUCUCACCAUUCUUUGCUUCUGAACUUGAAUUGCGAUCGCCCGACAUGGUCUUCCAACCAUCUCUUGACGAAAAGGUGCACAAUGGCUUCUACGAUCUCAUUGAAGGUCUUCUAGCUGACAUUUACCACAUUGCAUCUCUCGUCACCCGAGUUGCAGGAGAAGACAAUUACCAGAACUUGAUGGAAGAUAAUGAUAUGCUCAACGAUCUUCGCAGCGAUAUCAUGGGCCGAGUCACGAAGGUCAUGAACGACGCCAACAAUUUCUGCGACAACUUUGAAGUCUACUCUAAUCUCUGGAUUGACGAUCGACAGGAAUUCCUCAACCAGUUCCUUACCUACGGUCACAUUCUCACCCAAGAAGAGAUCGAAGCGCACGGAGCCGAAGGUGUUCCAGAAAAUCCACCAGAGCUCAGCCAGUUCAAAGAACAAAUCGACUCUUACGAAGAUCUUUACUCUCAAGUCUCGGCAUUCUCUGCUAUUGAAAUCUUUGAUGGUUGGUUCCGAGUCUCGAUCAAGCCUUUCAAACAGUCUCUCCUCAACAUCAUCAAGAAAUGGUCUUACAUGUUCAAGGAGCACCUUAUCAGACACAUCGAAAACUCUCUUGCCGAUCUUCAAGAAUUCAUCGUCAAGACCGACGAAGGACUCAAGAGCGAAGUCGUUGAGGGUGACUUUGACGGAUUGGUCAACAUCAUGGGCUACAUCAUUGCUUGUAAAGACCGUAUCGAAUCUACCGACAAUAUGUUUGCUCCAUUGAAGGCAACCAUCGAGCUUCUUAAAACUUACAACCACGAAAUGCCGGAAUCUGUCUACAAACAGCUCUCGGAUCUCCCAGAAAAAUGGAACAACACCAAAAAGAUCAUGGUCUCGACCAAACAAGAAGUUGCUCCUCUGCAAGCAGUCGAAAUGGCUGACAUUCGAAAGAAAUGUGCUGCCUUUGACGUUAAGCAAUACGAACACCGAGAAGUCUUCCGAAAGCUUCCUAUGUUCCAGUUCUCUUGUGACGCACCAUAUGAUGAGAUCAACAUUGCCAACAGAGAACUCAAUGCUAUGGAAGAAUACAUGGCUCAGCUUAGCCAAAACGCCAAUCUCUUCGAGGUGAAUGUUCCUGAGUUCAAACAGCUCAAACAAUCGCGAAAAGAUAUCGGUCUCGUCAAGGAAGUUUGGGAUCUUACCAACAUCGUUACAUCGUCAAUGACUGAAUGGAAAAAAACCCUUUGGGCUGACAUCAAUGUAGAAACUAUGGAAACUGACACGAAGAGAUUCGCGAAAGAUAUCCGAAAAGUCGACAAAGAAGCACGAUCAUGGGAUGUGUUCAACGGCCUUGAAACUGCUGUCAAGAAUAUGAUCACUUCUCUACGAGUUGUCGGUGAGCUCCAGAAUCCAUCCAUUCGAGAUCGACAUUGGCAUCAGCUCAUGAACGCCACUGGCGUCCGAUUCACUAUGGACGAGAAAACUAAUCUCAACGAUCUUCUCAAGCUCAAUCUGCACGAGUUUGAAGACACUGUCCGAGAAAUUGUCGACAAAUCCGUCAAAGAAUUGGGUAUGGAGAAGAUGCUUCAAGAUCUCGAGGCCACCUGGUCAGUCAUGGUCUUUGAAACCGAUGAGCACACUCGAACCAAAACUAUUCUUAUCAAGUCAACCGAAGAACUUGUUGAAACUCUUGAAGACAACCAAGUUCAGCUCCAAAACUUGAUGACAUCGAAAUACAUUGCUCACUUCCUCGAGGAAGUCUCUGGAUGGCAGAAGAAACUCUCGACUACUGAUUCCGUUAUGACAAUCUGGCUUGAAGUCCAGCGAACCUGGUCUUACUUGGAGUCAAUUUUCAUCGGCUCUGAAGAUAUUCGUCGACAGCUUCCCGAAGAUUCUCAGCGUUUCGAUGGAAUCGACAAGGAUUUCAAAGCUUGCAUGGAAGACGCAAAGUCAAAUCUCAACGUUGUCUACGCUACUAACAAGGCUGGCCUUUAUGAACAACUCGAGUCAAUGCAAGAUCGACUUACACUUUGUGAGAAAUCUCUUGCUGAGUACCUUGAGACCAAACGAUUGGCUUUCCCUCGAUUCUAUUUCGUCUCUUCUACAGAUCUUUUGGAUAUUCUUUCCAAUGGAAACAACCCAAGAGUCAUCGCUGGUCAUCUUGCAAAACUGUUCGAUAAUACCACCGAUUUGAAGUUUGCAAGUGACACCUCCAAAAUGGCCGUUGGUAUGUACUCCUCUGAGCGAGAAUAUGUCGAUUUCAACGAAGAGUGCGAUUGCGAUGGACAAGUUGAGAUCUGGCUCAACAGAGUUAUGGCUAGUAUGAGAGCAACCAUUCGAGCUCUUCUUUCUGAUGCUGUUCAAACUUACGAAGAAAAACCUCGAGAAAAAUGGCUGUUCGACUACGCCGCGCAAGUCUCUCUUACUGUCACGCAAAUUUGGUGGACAACUGAAGUCGGUCUGGCUUUCGGUCGACUUGAAGAAGGUUAUGAAAACUCGAUGAAGGACUACAGCAAGAAACAGAUUCAGCAGCUCAACAAUCUCAUCACUCUUCUUCUCGGUGACUUGACCAAGGGUGAUCGACAGAAGAUUAUGACUAUCUGUACCAUUGAUGUGCACGCUCGAGAUGUCGUCCUUGGUUUGAUUGCAAACAAGACUGAAAAUUCUCAGGACUUCAUUUGGCAGCGACAGCUUCGAGCUCGAUGGGCUGAUGCCGAAGGCCAUGCAUACAUCAACGUCUGUGAUGCCCAGUUCUUGUAUUCUUAUGAAUACCUUGGUAACACUCCUCGACUCGUCGUCACUCCUCUUACCGAUAGAUGCUACGUUACCCUUACGCAGUCACUUCACUUGAUCAUGGGUGGUGCUCCUGCUGGUCCCGCUGGUACCGGAAAGACCGAAACAACCAAGGAUCUUGGUCGAGCUCUCGGUAUCAUGGUCUACGUCUUCAACUGUUCCGAACAGAUGGAUUACAAAUCCGUCGGUGCCAUUUACAAGGGUCUCGCACAGGCUGGUGCCUGGGGAUGCUUCGAUGAGUUCAACCGAAUUUCCGUCGAAGUGUUGUCUGUCAUCGCCGUCCAGGUCAAAUGUAUCCAGGAUGCCAUUCGAGACAAGAAAGAACGAUUCAUCUUUGAAGGAUGCGAUAUCAGCCUUGUCCCGUCCGUUGGUAUUUUCAUUACUAUGAACCCUGGUUACGCCGGUCGAACGGAAUUGCCAGAAAACUUGAAGGCCCUUUUCCGACCAUGCGCUAUGGUCGUCCCCGAUUUCGAGUUGAUUGCCGAAAACAUGUUGCUUGCUGAAGGUUUCUUGGACGCCAAGUAUUUGGCGAAGAAGUUCAUCACACUUUACACUCUUUGCAAAGAAUUGCUUUCCAAGCAAGAUCAUUACGAUUGGGGUCUCCGAGCUAUCAAGUCUGUCCUCGUCGUUGCUGGUGCCCUCAAGCGAUCUGAUCGUGGCCGACCUGAAGAUGAGGUUCUCAUGAGAGCCCUUCGAGAUUUCAAUGUUCCCAAGAUCGUCACUGAUGAUAUGCCCGUCUUCCUUGGUCUUAUCGGUGAUCUUUUCCCAUCAAUGGAUGUCCCAAGAAAGCGUCUUCCAGAACUCGAGGCGAUGGUCAAACAAUCCGUCACAGAUCUCAAGCUUCAGGCCGAAGACUCCUUCUGCCUCAAGGUCGUCCAGCUCGAGGAAUUGCUCAACGUCCGUCACUCCGUUUUCGUCAUCGGUAACGCCGGUACUGGUAAAUCGAAGAUUCUUGCUUCACUCCAAAAGACAUACGCAAAUAUGAAACGAAAACCAGUCUGUGUUGAUUUGAACCCCAAGGCCGUCACAAACGAUGAGCUUUUCGGUGUUAUUAAUCCAGCCACUCGAGAAUGGAAAGAUGGUCUCUUCUCUUGCAUCAUGCGAGAUAUGGCUCUCAUCGCUCACGACGGUCCAAAAUGGAUUCUCCUCGAUGGUGAUAUCGAUCCUAUGUGGAUUGAGUCUUUGAAUACUGUUAUGGACGAUAACAAGGUCUUGACGCUUGCGUCUAACGAACGUAUUCCUUUGAACAGCACAAUGCGACUGCUUUUCGAAAUUUCCAAUCUUCGAACUGCUACUCCCGCUACUGUCUCACGAGCCGGUAUUCUCUUCUUGAACCCCGCUGAUUUGGGUUGGAAUCCUAUCGUUACCUCUUGGAUCGACACACGUGAAGUUCAAGCUGAGCGAGCUAACAUGAUCAUUCUCUUUGAAAAAUAUGUUCCACCAUGUAUUGAAGCUCUCCGUACCAAAUUCAAGACAAUCACUCCCAUUCCAGAAACCGCCUACCUCAACUCUCUGUGCUACCUGCUCGAGUGCUUGUUGACUCCUGAAAAUGUUCCUGAUGGGUCACCAAAGGAUAUCUACGAGCUUUACUUUGUCUGGGCUUGCGUCUGGGCUUUUGGUGGAGCUUUGUUCCAGGAUCAGAUCGUCGAUCAUCGAGUCGAAUUCACCAAGUGGUGGGCUGCAGAAUUCAAAACCAUCAAAUUCCCCUCUCAGGGAACUGUUUUCGACUACUACAUUGCUGAAGACAAGCGAUUUGUUCACUGGUCUGAGAUGUCAGCUGAAGAAAAAUUCGUCUUCGAUCCGGAUAUGCCACUCCAGGCUACAAUGGUUCCAACAGCCGAAACUACUCGAGUUCGAUUCUUUAUGGACAUGCUAAUGGAACGUAAACGGCCCGUCAUGUUGGUCGGUAACGCUGGUUCUGGUAAGACUGUAUUGAUUCAGUCCAAGCUCAACUCUCUUGGCGAUGACUUUGUUGUUGCCAAUGUUCCCUUUAACUUCUACACUACAUCUAUGAUGUUGCAAGGUGUUCUCGAGAAGCCUCUUGAAAAGAAAGCUGGUCGAAAUUUCGGUCCUCCUGGAUCAAAGCGACUUGUCUACUUCAUUGACGAUAUGAACAUGCCCGAAGUCGAUACUUACGGCACUGUGCAGCCUCACACUCUCAUUCGACAACACUUGGACUACUCUCACUGGUAUGAUCGAGCCAAGCUUUCUCUCAAAGAAAUCCACAACUGUCAGUACGUUUCGUGUAUGAACCCUACCGCUGGUUCUUUCACCAUCAAUCCUCGACUUCAACGACACUUCUCCGUUUUCGCCAUCUCUUUCCCUGGUCUCGAUGCUUUGGAAUCGAUCUACAAGCAGAUCUUCGACCAGCAUUUGAGCAUGAACAAAUUCAACGCUAACUGCACGAAAAUUGUCGAGCCUCUUAUCAAAGCGGCACUUGCUGUUCACACGAAGGUUUCUACUACUUUCCUUCCAACGGCCAUCAAGUUCCACUACAUUUUUAACCUUCGAGAUUUAUCAAACAUCUUCCAGGGUAUGCUUUUCUCUGGCACAGAUGUGUUCAAGACUCCUGCCUCCAUUGCUCGACUUUACAUGCACGAAGCGACUCGAGUCUACUGUGAUAAAUUCACGGAGAAGACCGAUAUCGAAACAUACGAAGGCCUUCUCCAGGAAAUCUGCAAGAAAGAAUUUGGCGAUCUCGAUCAAGAGGAACUUUUCGCUCAGCCUCUUAAAUUCUGUCACUUUGCUCAAGGAGUCGGAGAGCCAAAAUAUGCUGCCAUUGAUAGCUGGGAAGGAAUCAAUAAGAUUCUUACCGAAGCUCUCGACAGCUACAAUGAUGUCAAUGCCGCCAUGAAUCUUGUUCUUUUCGAAGACGCCAUGAGCCAUAUCUUGCGAAUCAGUCGAAUCUUGGAAAUGCCUCGUGGAAAUGCUCUUCUCGUUGGUGUUGGUGGUUCAGGAAAGCAGUCGCUUUCACGACUAGCCGCCUUUAUCUCAAGUUUGGACGUAUUCCAAAUUCAAUUGCGAAAGGGCUACAGCAUCUCUGAUCUCAAGGUCGACCUUGCAUCUCAGUAUAUCAAGGCUGGUGUCAAGAAUCAACCUGUUAUGUUCCUCAUGACAGACGCUCAAGUGCCUCAGGAAGAUUUCCUCGUCCUUAUCAACGAUUUACUGGCUUCUGGUGAAAUUCCGGAUCUGUUUGCUGAUGAUGAAUUGGAAGAAAUUAUUUCUGGCGUCCGAAACGAUGUAAAAGCAACUGGAAUGGAAGAUUCAAGAGAAAACUGUUGGUCAUUCUUCAUUGAACGAGUUCGAAGACAACUCAAGGUCGUUCUUUGCUUUUCACCAGUCGGUGUUAAACUUCGAGUCCGAGCACGAAAGUUCCCAGCUCUUGUCAACUGCACUUCGAUUGAUUGGUUCCACGAGUGGCCCGCUGAUGCCCUACGAUCUGUAUCACUUCGAUUGCUCAAUGAAAUCGAAGAAGUACCCGCGGAACUCAAGGUCUCGGUAUCUGAAUUUAUGGCAUUCGUCCAUACGACUGUGAAUGAAAAAUCCAAUCAGUAUCUUGAAAACGACAGAAAAUACAACUACACGACUCCAAAGUCGUUCUUGGAGCAGAUCAAACUCUAUGAAAAUCUUUUGCGAGCGAAAAAGAAAGAACUUCUCGCAAAAAUGGAACGUUUGGAAAAUGGUCUCCAGAAACUUCAAUCUACUGCUGCUCAGGUCGACGAUCUCAAGGGAAAACUGGCCUCGCAAGAAGUUGAGUUGAAGAUCAAAAACGAAAAUGCUGAUAAACUUAUUGUCGAAGUCGGUAUCAAAACCGAAAUUGUCGAGAAAGAAAAGGCCUUCGCCGAAGUUGAGGAAGAAAAAGUCGCUGUUAUCAACAAAGAAGUCUCCAUCAAAAGAGAAGAUUGUGAACGUGAUCUUGCCGCCGCCGAACCAGCCCUUGUUGCUGCCCAAGAAGCCUUGAACACUUUGAACAAGAAUAACUUGACUGAGUUGAAGUCCUUCGGUUCUCCACCACCUGCCGUUGUCAACGUCGUUUCUGGUGUCAUGGUCCUUCUCGCUCCUGGCGGAAAGGUUCCAAAAGAUCGAUCAUGGAAGGCCGCCAAAUCUACCACCAUGGCUAACGUUGGUCAGUUCCUCGACGCCCUUGUUAAUUAUGACAAAGAAAACAUCCCCGAGACUUGUCUCAAGGCUAUUCAGCCUUACCUCGACGAUCCUGAUUUCAACCCUGAGUUUAUCAAGGCCAAGUCAUCUGCUGGUGCCGGUCUUUGUUCGUGGGUCAUCAAUAUUGUCUCUUUCUACCGAAUCUUCUGUGACGUCGAGCCCAAGCGUAAUGCGCUCGCUCAGGCCAACGCCGAUCUCGCUGCUGCUACUGAGAAACUCGAAGGUAUCAGAGCUAAACUCAAGGAACUCAACGACAACAUGGCCGAGCUUAACGCCAAGUUCGAAAAGGCAACGAACGAUAAACUUCGUUGUCAGCAAGAAGCCGAUGCAACUCAAGCUACCAUCUCUCUCGCCAAUCGACUUGUCGGUGGUCUCGCCUCCGAAAAUGUCCGAUGGGCCGAGUCCGUUGCUCUUUUCAAAGAACAGGAGAAAAUGCUUCCUGGUGAUGUCUUGCUCAUUACAGCUUUCGUCUCUUACUUCGGUUACUUCACCAAGAAAUAUCGAGUUGAGAUGAUGAACGAGUGUUUCUUGCCCUUCAUCGGAAAACUUUCAACUCCUAUCCCUAUCACUCCAGAUCUCGACCCAAUUUCUAUGUUGACCGAUGAUGCUGAUGUCGCUUCCUGGAACAACGAAGGUCUCCCAGCCGAUCGUAUGUCCAAAGAAAAUGCUACCAUUCUUUGCAACUGUGAGCGAUGGCCACUUAUGGUUGAUCCUCAGCUCCAGGGUAUCAAGUGGAUCAAGAAACGAUAUGAAGGAAAACAAUUCCAAAUUGUUCGACUUGGAACACGAGGUUACCUCGAAACCAUUGAAAGAUCAGUGUCAAAUGGUGAUGUGGUUUUGAUUGAGAAUCUUCCUGAAUACACCGAUCCCGUCCUUGAUCCUUUGCUUGGACGAAACACCAUUAAAAAGGGUCGAUACAUCAAAAUUGGUGACAAGGAAGUCGACUACCAUCCCAACUUCAAACUCAUUCUUCACACCAAAUUGGCCAAUCCUCAUUACCAGCCCGAAAUGCAGGCCCAGUGUACUCUGAUCAACUUUACCGUCACUCGAGAAGGUCUUGAAGAUCAGCUCCUCGCUGAUGUCGUCCGUGCUGAACGUCCUGAUCUCGAAGAGCUCAAGGCUGAACUCACCACACAACAGAAUGAGUUUAAGAUUACUUUGAAGAGACUCGAAGAUGAUCUCCUCGCUCGUCUGUCUUCUGCUUCUGGAAAUUUCCUCGGCGACACUGCACUUGUCGAAAAUCUCGAAAUUACCAAGAAGACUGCUACAGAAAUUGAGGUGAAAGUCAAGGAAGCAAAGGUUACCGAACAGAACAUUAACGAAGCUCGUGAGCACUAUCGAUCUGCUGCUAACCGAGCCUCGCUUCUCUAUUUCAUUCUUGAUGAUCUCAACAAGAUUCAUCCCAUGUACCAGUUCUCUCUCAAGGCCUUCAACGUCGUCUUUGCCAAGUCCAUCGAGAAAGCCGAAAAAGCUGAACAGGUCAAACAGCGAGUCAACAACCUUAUUGACUCCGUCACCUUCUCCGUUUACGUCUACGCCACUCGAGGUCUCUUCGAAAAGGACAAGCUUACCUUUACCGCGCAAGUCGCUUUCCAGAUCUUGCUCAACAAAGGUGAAAUCAACCCAGCCGAGCUGGACUUCCUUCUCCGAUUCCCUGCUAAGCCCGAUCAAGGAUCACCAGUUGAUUUCUUGUCCAACAUUGGUUGGGGCGGUGUCAAGACUCUGUCUGACAUGGAAGAAUUCCGCGGUCUCGAUCGAGAUAUUGAAGGAUCUGCUAAGCGAUGGAAGAAAUUCAUCGAAUCUGAAUGUCCCGAGAAGGAAAAAUUCCCUCAAGAAUGGAAGAGCAAGUCAUCACUUCAGAAACUCUGCAUGAUGCGUUGCUUCCGACCUGAUCGAAUGACAUACGCAGUAACCGAGUUUAUCGGUGAGAAACUUCACCCCAAGUACACAGAAAAUCGAGCUGUUCCUUUCGCUACUUCAUAUGAAGAAACCGGUCCUGGAACUCCUUGCUUCUUCAUUCUCUCCCCUGGUGUCGAUCCCCUCAAGGAUGUCGAGGCUGUCGGUAAGAAAAUCGGCUUUACUUUCGACAAGCGAAACUUCCACAACGUCUCUCUUGGUCAAGGUCAAGAAAUCGUCGCUGAGCAGGCCAUGGAACUUGCUGCUAAAGAAGGUCACUGGGUCAUUCUUCAGAACGUCCAUCUGGUCUCUAAGUGGCUUCCAACUCUUGAAAAGCUCCUUGAAAACUACGCCAUCGGAUCUCACCCUGAUUUCCGAAUGUAUCUUUCUGCUGAGCCUGCUGGUACUCGAGAGUCUCACAUUAUGCCUCAGGGUAUUCUUGAGAACUCCAUCAAGAUUACCAACGAACCUCCAACCGGUAUCCUUGCCAAUCUCCACAAGGCCCUCGAUAACUUCGAUCAAGAAACCAUGGAAUCUUGCUCGCGAGAGAACGAGUUCAAGUCAAUCCUCAACUCAGUCUGCUACUUCCACGCUGUUGUUUGUGAACGACGAAAGUUCGGACCUCAAGGUUGGAACCGACCAUACCCAUUCAACGUUGGUGAUCUUACAAUUUCCAUUGACGUCCUUCGAAACUAUUUGGAGGUCAACUCCAAGGUCCCAUGGGACGAUCUUCGAUACCUCUUUGGCGAGAUUAUGUACGGUGGACAUAUUACUGAUGAUUGGGAUCGACGUCUUUGCCGAACCUAUCUUCAGGAAUACAUGCACCCCGAUCAGCUUGAAGGUGAGCUCUACCUCGCUCCUGGCUACGCUGUUCCAUCUAACAUGGACUACAACGGUUACCACGCUUACGUCAACGAAAACUUGCCUCCAGAGUCUCCAUACUUGUAUGGCCUUCACCCCAACGCUGAAAUUGGUGUGUUGACGAAGACUUCCGAAGAACUCUUCCGAACAUUGCUUGAAAUGCAGCCUAAGGAUUCUGGCGGAUCUGGUUCUGGCGCGAUGACCAUGGAAGAAAAGGUCAAACAAAUGCUUGACGAUAUCAUGGAAAAACUCCCCGACGAGUUCAACCUCUACGAAAUGCAAAGCAAGGUCGAAGAAAUCACUCCAUACACUGUUGUUGCCCUUCAGGAAUGCGAGCGUAUGAAUCUUCUGAUCAACGAAAUCCGUCGAUCGCUCAAGGCCGUGAACUUGGGUCUCAAGGGUGAACUGACAAUCACUCCUCAAAUGGAAGCGCUCAUGAAUGCCUUUUUCGUCGAUCAGGUUCCCGAAACUUGGCAGAAACGAGCCUACCCAUCUAUGCUUGGUUUGACCGCCUGGUAUGGUGACUUGCUCAACAGAAUCAAGGACCUCGACGCUUGGUCCGCUGACUUCGUCAUGCCCAACUCUCUCUGGCUUGGUGGUCUCUUCAACCCUCAGUCCUUCCUUACUGCUAUUAUGCAGUCGAUGGCGCGAAAGAACGAAUGGCCUCUGGAUAAAAUGGCUCUGUCCGUCGAUGUCCUCAAGAAAGCCAAGGACGAUAUCAACGCUCCUCCACGAGAAGGUGCUUACAUCCACGGUUUGUUCAUGGAAGGUGCUCGAUGGGAUACUCAAGCUGGUUCGAUCAACGAGUCCAAACUCAAGGAACUCACCCCAGCCAUGCCUGUUCUCUUCGUCAAGGCUGUCCCCAUUGACCGUCUUGAAACCAAGAACAUGUACGAGUGCCCCGUCUACAAGACCCGAGACCGAGGACCAAACUACGUCUGGACCUUCAACCUCAAGACCAAGGAGUCCGCAAACAAGUGGGUCCUUGGUGGCGUCGCACUUCUCCUCGCCGACUAA